AUGCUCAGUGUGUAUGAAGAGUAUGCUACAGUCUGGCUUCAAAUGAGUACAGUCGUACUAUUGACCAUAAUUACAAAUCUGUUUUAUAUGAUGAACCAGAUUUCCAUCAGUAUGGAAGGCCCCAAGCUAAAGAUAGCCAAUGCGUGUGACAUGAUGAGUACAACAUCUGCGCAGGUAUACAAUAUACCACAUGUUUUAUUGCAAUCUACUAUUCAAAACAUUUACACAACAAAAGAGAAUACACGCCGGACCUUUAUUAUGGCUGUCAAUGUGGUCGAGAAUUGUAUUGUUUGGGUUAUCGGGUCAUACAGGUCCAUGUACCGAUGUCUUCUGGGUGUAACACUGCAUGCAGUAUUCGAACUGAUCAAACAAAUUGUCGGACCUGUUGACAAGAUUACAGCAGGCAUUACUUCAUUUCUUCAUCUGGAUGAUAUGACUUCCAAUAGUAUUCAAUGGACUCAGACUUUGAAUGAUACACAAGCCAAAAUCGAUGCCUUCUUUGAAAAUGAUGAUACCCUGAUACGCCAAAUCAUCGAUAAACCAUUUGGUUUAUUGCAAACUCAGAUAAACACCACUUUUAGUGCCUGGAAUCCACCCAAUUUCCGUCUCAACUCAGUCUCAAAGAACGUAUCCACCUUGGAUUUAUUACAGCAGCCCUGUUCUACCAAUAGCUUAGGUGAGUCGUUGGAGAAUAUCGAAUACCAGUUGACCCGGUAUGUUUAUAUUUUGAUUGGUGUGCUUUUUGGACUCUUGCUUGUUUGUGUCCUGGUUCAUUUGUCGGCUAUUCGUUUCCAGCAGCAGCAAGUUGCACAAGCGCGUACAACUUUCCUUCAUCUUAUUCGAGAACGUCACCAAAAAGACCACAACAAAUUACUUGAAGAAUAUACUUGGUAUGCGACUACUCCUUUUGCUUAUUUGAUACCAUGGAAAAAGUUUAAAAGGCCCCUGAAUCGAUUGUUGAUGUUUAUGAAUCAUCCUGUUUCUGUUUAUUGUCUUUUGGUGGGACUUUGUGGGCUGAUCAUGACUUGGCUCUUGGCAUGGUUACUCACAAGUAAAAGCCAGCAGGCUUAUUUAGAGUUUCAAGACCAAGUACAACAAUGGACACUCAAUACGACAUCACGAUGGUCUACUGAAACACAGCAACAGAUUGACAGCAUGAAUACCUGGAUUAACCAAACAGAACACAAUCUAAACAACGAUGCUUUUGGAGUUAUAAGAUACUCGGCCAUUGCCUUAAAUGGCACAUUAAGCAACGUGGUAAAUCAAAUUCAAGGUAUUAUUCAUACUGUGUUAGGUGGUACAAUUCUUGAAGCCUCUGCGCAACAACUAGCCCACUGUUUAUUAAUAAACAAGAUUGAACAUGUAGAACAGGGACUGACAUGGAUUGUAAAAAACACCUAUAUUCACUUGACAAGAGUUGAUUUUUCAGGCACAUCUUCUCUUAGCGACAAGUUACUCGAGAGCUCAAAUAAUUACUUUACGCUUGGAGAGACUCAUUCAUUUGGGAUGGUCGACCAACUUCAUAACUUGACAAGGUUUUAUUACAUGUUGAUCAUUCUGUGGUGUAUUCAUUUAUCUAUUGGCUUAUGCUUUCAAAUCAAGUACUACUUUUUUCAAUAA